AUAAACUACGCCACUAUCUUCCCCCACCACCCCAACUCUCUCUCUCUCUCUCUCUCUCAGUGACCAGAUAUGGCUUUGGAAGCUCUGAAAUCUCCGACGACAGUGGCCACGCCGGCGUUCCACCACCACGACGACGAGGAAGAAGACGGCUAUAUCGAGCCCUGGGCCAAGAGGAAGCGCACCAAGCGUCCGCGCUUCGACACCCCACCUUCCGAGGAAGAGUACCUCGCCCUCUGCCUCAUCAUGCUCGCUCGCGGCGGCGGCACAGCCGAAUUUCCCGCUCCGCCCCCGCAGCCGCUGCAGCUCCAACCUUCGCCGCCGCCACCGCCUCUCAAACUGUCUUACAAGUGCUCUGUCUGCAACAAGGCCUUCCCUUCUUACCAGGCCCUGGGAGGCCACAAGGCCAGCCACCGAAAGUCCGCCGCCGCCGACGACGCAUCCACCUCCUCCUCCACCUCCGCAGCCGCCGCCGCCACGCCCAACCCGGCCGGCAAGUCCCAUGAGUGCUCCAUCUGCCACAAGUCUUUCUCCACCGGUCAGGCCCUGGGCGGCCACAAGCGCUGCCACUACGAUGGCGGCAGCGGAGCCGGAGCCGGAGCCGGAGCAGGAGCAGGAUCCGUAGCCGUUUCUUCGUCGGAGGGAGCCGGGUCAACUCAGAGCCACCGCGACUUCGACUUGAACUUGCCCGCGUUGCCGGAAUUUGCGCCGGGGUUCGGAGCCGGCGGAGAGAGGAAAGGGCGAAUUUCCGGCGAGCAGGAGGUGGAGAGCCCGCAUCCGGCGAAGAAACCGCGUCUGUUCGCGGCCACCGACAUGGGUUCUUUGCAAUAUUGAUUGAAAUUAGAUAACGUAGGGGAUUGAAAGAGUUUCGUUGAAUUUUUAUAAAAUUAUUUAUUCUUUGGAUGUAUGUUUUGUGUACAGAGAAAGGAAUUUAAUUCCUCACUGUAUUUGUUUUGUUUUGUUUUUUUUAUUUUGCGCUUUGACAAUCAUUCAUUGCUGGUGAAGCUUUUCUCUUCUCUGAGAUUGAUCAUUUAAUUUAUUAUUUAAAUUAUUAAUUUAUUUCA